GCUUGCCACAAUCACCUUCACCUUCUCAUUUUGUCACAUUCUCUAAUACGACACCGUUUCUCCCCUAAAUAAAAACCACACCAAAUUAAAAAAACAAAUGAAAAUUAAUAACCAUUUAUAUAAAACAUUAAUUAAAUAAAACGUUAUUUAUUCGCCGUUGUAAGUGCUUUCUCACUCAUCGGUAUUUCCGUUUUUCUCCAAUUGGCCAAUUCGACCACUCUCUGAAAAACGCCACCACCCUCUUCUUCUCCACUAAAUUUCUCUACGGUUCGUUCCUUCACACCGAACCGUACCGUACUACACUCUCUCGUGUUCUUCACUUCGCUAAACUCUAACAACUGAAAAAAAACUUGAUCAAAUCAAAUCCAUUCAAUUAUCAAUUCGUCCUUAUCAUCGCGUUUUGAUCAAUCCAUCUCACGGUUUUAGAGAUCGGAUUGUGGAAGAUCUAUGGCGCAUAGAGUGGAUAAUGAGUAUGAUUACUUGUUUAAGAUCGUUUUGAUCGGAGAUUCUGGUGUUGGAAAAUCCAACAUUCUCUCUAGGUUUACUAGAAAUGAAUUUUGUUUGGAGUCUAAAUCUACUAUUGGAGUUGAAUUCGCUACCAGGACUCUUCAGGUUGAGGGAAAGACUGUAAAGGCACAGAUCUGGGACACAGCAGGUCAGGAGCGGUAUCGUGCCAUUACCAGUGCCUAUUAUAGAGGAGCUGUUGGUGCUCUCCUUGUAUAUGACAUUACUAAGAGGCAAACCUUUGACAAUGUCAACCGGUGGCUGCGUGAAUUGAGGGACCAUGCGGAUUCUAACAUAGUGAUCAUGAUGGCUGGAAAUAAAUCUGAUUUGAACCAUCUUAGAGCUGUUUCAGAGGAUGAUGGUCAAGCAUUGGCAGAGAAGGAAGGUCUCUCUUUUCUUGAGACAUCUGCACUUGAAGCAACCAACAUUGAGAAGGCAUUCCAAACCAUAUUGACAGAGAUUUAUCAUAUUGUAAGCAAAAAAGCACUUGCAGCUCAGGAAGCAGCUGGCACCUCACUUCCUGGUCAAGGAACCACCAUCAAUGUUGCAGAUACUUCUGCUAAUACAAAGAAAGGCUGCUGCUCUACUUAAUGUGACAUUUUCAGUGAAAUCAUUAGUAGCAGAUAGUCCCCCCCAAUUCUGUUUUUGCCCUUUUCUCUAUUUUUAUUUUUCCUUCUUUAUGGGUGAGAUAGAAACAUGUAGAGUACAUUUACUUUGUUGAGUUGCGAUGAGGAACCUUGUGAAAGAUUCAAAACUAUAGUGUUGCUAAUUUCUUUUGCUAGUUUCUUUUGGUUAUCUCUUCCUUGAUGUGAUAAUUUGUUUUCAAUUGAUGUAAUAUUGGAACUGACAGAAAUUUGAUGAUAUAGCGUGGUUAAUGAGAAUCUGGUGUUUCAGGGAGGUCAUGUAAGAUUAAAAA